AUGGGCGAAUGGGACAGUGGAGGUGGUGAACCGACUGGUCUUACAGUACGUAUGGUCCGCGUGUUGUCCAGCGAGUUGAAGUUGCUUCAAUCUGCUUUGAACCACCAGCCGGCGGAUCGGCUGGGCGGUGUGCCAUCUAUCACGGCGAUUUUGGCUCUGCCAGCCAGUACAUCGGUGCGAGCUCUCUUCCACCCUCGGCUGAAGGAACAGGCCACGGUGGAUCGGCUGGCAAAGAGCCAGCAACAGUAUCUACAAGCGCAGUUGCUACCCCCGCAUGCCAUCAGCCUCCACCACGCCAGUCGCCUCAAACUGUACUCCGAAGCGGGCCGUGACGUUGCCGAGGAUCUCCUCGAGCAGGUUGCCUUUGGAGACAGCGGGUUCCAUGUUGAAGCUCUCAAGGAGAUCCGAGACAACGGCGGCCGCUUCGAGGUGCAUGUGCAGUGGAUAGGGCUGGAUGCGGCUGAGGCAUCCUGGGAGCCAGCAAUGACCUUGUACGAAGACGUUCUCCUGCAUUUUCGACGGUGGGCUAAAGCCAACGCGAAGAUGGAACUGAUGUCGUCGCUGGUCGCUGACGUGGAACGAGCGGUGGGGCAUCCACUCUAG